ACACGUCGUAACAACAUCGAGCCUUGCAACAUGCCAUGCCGCGCACCAUGAGCAGUCUUUUUCCGGACAGCAUGUUUCUCGCUCUUUUAUACUGUUCUUUCCUCCUAGCGUUCCUAUUAGCCAUGCUAUACUUUCGCCUUUCGCCUGACAGAGUUUUUCUUCAAUGCCAAGCCAAACAAGAGUCGUGGGGGCGGUCGCGUGGAACGAAUGAGAGAGAAGUAGAACGGGACACGCAAACCGUGUGCCCCGAUGUCCACGUCAUCCGUUCCCGCCGUCCCAACCACUUGCGACACGUGGCACGACAUGAUGAUAAUGAUGACGACGGUGAUGAACACGAUAAUAGUGACGAUUACGGUGGUGAUGUUGAUGUGGGUGACGAUGUCGCUGACGAUGUUGAUGUCGAUGAUGAUGUUCGUGAUGAUGAUGAUUGUGAUGACGACGAUGAUGAUGAUGACGAUGAUGACGAUGUUGAUGAUGGCGAUGGCAACGAAGAGGACGAUGGUGGUGACGGCGACGAUGUCGCUGAUGAUGAUGAUGUUGUUGAUGACGGUGAUGAUGUUGUUGAUGAUGUCGAUGAUGAUGACGAUGUUGAUGACGUUGAUGAGGUUGAUGAUGAUGAUGAUGUUGAUGAAGAUGAUGAUGAUCACGAUGACAAUGAUGGUGAUGAUGAUGAUGAUGAUGAAGAUGAUGACGCUGAAGGUGGUGGCGACGAUGAUGGUGAUGAUGGGGGCUAUGAUGAUGAUGAUGAUGGCAAGCAAGAAUCACGGGGCCGCUCGCAAGGAAAGAACGAGCGGGAAUCAGAAGGGGACACAGAAACCAUGUGGCCCAAUGUCACCGACAUCCUUUCCCUCCGUCCCCGCAACUUGAAACAGGUGGCGCGACGUGGCCGCUCCCAUGGGCCGGCAAACAUGUUUGACACGAGGGCAGGCAGAACAACACUUUACCUUGAAGAGGGCACAGCGCACACGAUGGCGCUGCUCUUUGACGGCUCACAGUUCUUCGACGACGGCGAAGCGCACACGAUGGCGCAACUGUUCGACAAGGGCUCAGCGCAUACGGCGGAGAUGUUCCUGUUGGGCCGUGGAUCAGAACCUGCCGUGCACGGUUCCUCAGACAAUCGUAAAUUUCGUAUCACGGCGGACUACGGAUUCUAUAAAAUGCAAAGUCCGCUGAGAUCCGAACUUCCCGUGCACGGUUCGCCAGAAAACCGUCGACUUCGGACCCCAGCGUGCUUCACCUUUCGGGUGGUGCGGGUUCUGACUGUGGACUUCCUGGCGACCGGUGGAUUGCCACAACUUUUUAUUCGUGCGAAAUUGAAGUCCGCCUGGAUCCGAACUUCUUGGCAGUUUUGGACGUCGGGUUUGGGAGACAGCUUCGUCUUUUUCGCGCAGUCUCGCCAAGUUCGGAUCCAGGCGAACAUGUCGCAGGGCGUGUUUGCGGCCGGCUCGCGGGCCGGUUGCGUGAUGGAGGGGACCUUCUCGACACUACACAUCUUCGAGUCGAUCUUCUCGAGACCACAGGCCAUGAGUGCCGAGACGCACAUUCGCUUAGCAGAACCUUUUCGUCCUUGUGCGAAAUCCGUGCGGCAUUUCAACGGUGUGAUGACGAUCCACGAAGCGACCGCAGAGGACUUCGACGAGGACCCAUGCAUGACCGUCGUUCCGCAGUCGUCGACGGUUUUACAUGAAAAAUGUGUAGGUUUGAAGGGGAACGUCGUCGCCGGUGCCAAGGGGGCAGUUCUCGACAUGUGUCUGUUCGAGGGGUUCGGAGCGGGUGCCGCGAACACCCCGUUCUACAACGACCUCCGGCGGCAGGGCGGGUUUGUUUUGGGUCGAGAGUUCUUCGAGCUGUUGGAGGACAAGGGCAUCGCCCUCGACGUCCCUUGCGAAGUCGGUCCCGACCUGGAACUGUCAAUGCCUUUGCAGCCGUGCGGCGGUUGUGAGUCGAGCGGGGCAGCGGGGGAGGGGGGGGAUCUGGGUUCCGAGGUGGCUACACAUGUGCAGCGGGAGGAUGCCAGAGGUCAGUUUGACGACAGCGAAGAUGAGGCGACACCGCGUCCGCCGUUUUCGCCGUCGAGGGAAAGAGACAGGUCCCCUGAGUCAGGACCUUCUUCACCACGGCCUGCCAUCGACGUGGACGUCGGGUACUUCCUGGAGUACAAAGACGACGUCGGGACAAGGCGGGAGUUUGAGAUCAGCCCGGCUCAGAUCGUUAACAUAAGGGAGUGGGAGGAUCUUUACAACCAGCGAUCGCUAGAUCCCGUGUUCGUGGAAACGAUAAGGGAAGCAAUGCGGUCUGCGUUCGAAAAUAAAGAACAGACGUACGAGUUGCCGGUCUUCAAGCUCGCACCACUGGGGAUUCAAAAACCAACUCCUGGGAUGAAGGCACAACGUCUGAAGCCAGAGGAGUGGAAGGAUGAGCUGGAGGGAGAAUACUACUACUACGCGGUAUGCGGGCAGCACAACGCGGCUGCAGCCAGGUCGCUGCUCGGCAGCGAGGUGGCCAAGAAGUACAAUUUCGAGCGGUGGCCGGCACGGAUGGUGUACUUUUCCGACGAUGACUUUGAAGGGUAUUUUCUUGUUAGUUCACAGGACAACAAGAAGGAUCUGAAGGCGCCUGCCAGACAGUUGAAACUUUCUAUGAAAGACAUUCGAUGGCAGUGGAAGCAUGACGGCUGCCCGAGAGCUGUGAUGGGGAACCCUAGCGGGAAACAAGAUCAGGUCCGGGUUUGGCGUAAGUUUUGUACAACGGCGCUCUAUAAGGCGCCUCAAAACAGCUUGUGGCUUCUCGCGGAUCAAAAGGAAGAGGAGGCCAUUAAGAAGCAAAAUGCUGCCUUGCGUUCUUACUUACCUCUGGUGAUGGCCGGGGAAAAUGUCUGGAAACUGGCCGUGGAAUUUUUUGAAAAAUGGGAGACGGGCAGAUUGAUGAGCCACGAUGGGGCGAAGUGGACUGUCAAAAAGAAGAAGGUCAAAAGCGUAAAGCCUGGGGUCGCCUACAUCCACAACGAUAAAUUGGGCAGAACGGAGGUGGUGUACAACGUCCCCGUGGACCCGCCGAAUAAAAAGGGCAAAAAGGAGAAAGAGGAGGGCGAUUGGUUCAUGCAAGUGCCAGACCCGGACGCACAUUGUUGGAAAGCAAUGGAAUCACUCACGGACAAUGAAAAGUGUCGCGUUCUGAAAAAGGUGCUUGCUUGCGAGGUCGUUUGGGUCCAGGCCGGCUCCCCGUCGUUGGCGAAGUUGGGAAAGCUCAGCGUGCAGGACAUGGUUCAGCUGGUGAAGUGCGACCGCGUGCUGGUCUGGUUGUGGAAUUACUACCAAUUCAARCACGAGAAGAGGYYGRACRCGGACUGGAUCCUAAGGUACCCUUUCCUGAAAUCGAGGUCUGCCGUGUUCAAGAAGUUUGAAGGUCAGGGAUUGGAUGACGAGUUGUGGGAUAACAGCAGGAAACAUGUUUCCGACUCGGCGUUGUUCAAGGACUGCCCGCCACUGAAGAGCCGGGAAGUCGCACUUGCCGAAGGCGUCGUUCACAUUAAAUGGAAAGACAAGGGGAAUGUGGCAUCCAUCGCGCCGUUCGCCAACUACCCUUUAGAGGCGGACAUCAGGGGCGCAGAGCUGAAGGAGGCAGUGGCUGCCACAAAGAGCCACACGUUCGUCCUCGAUCUGUGCGAGCCGGUUGACCUCAAACUGUGGAAGCCCCAAGCGUGGGAGACAUUGAAUUCCUAUUUUCAAACGUGGUGUCCCUCGCAUUGGACUUUCGUUGUUUUCGUGCCGCGGCAGCACAACCUGUCGUUUCUCUCCAGCAUGCACCAUCUUUCUUUCGUCAAGCUGUUGGAAGGAAAGUGGGUGCGGAGAGUGCAGCAAAAAAAAAGCUUCCCCGUUGGGAACAAUUUGUACACGGAGGAAGACCGCAUGUACAUCCUCUUCAAGGGUGACGAUCUGCGAGUCAACACGUCCAUAGUCUAUGAGGGAAACCUGCCCACAGGUGCCGCUGCUGCGGUGCGAUUGCCUCAGAGGGUCACCCAGACGGAUGUUUCCGAGAUUCCUUUCACGCCUUGCGACUGGUCGCUGGUGGCGCCUGAACGACAGGGCAGCGUCUACGGGGAUAUGGAACGCAAUCCGACCCAAUUCGUCGGUCUUCUUGAUUUUUUUGGCAAGAAGGGAGAGGGUGUCGUGUUCCUUGGGAAAUCGCACGCGCGAAGCGUCUGGGAGCUUCUGAAGGCCGGCCGACACGUUGUCGCAAUGGAAGGGAACCUCGACCUCUUGCAAUUCACGAUGCAGGUGGUGAAAAGCGAGGUCAAUUCGAGUGGGCACAAUUGUGAGUUCAUGGUCGUGAGGCCAACACGGGAUAAGGUGUGGAGCAAGAAGACGGAUAUGUGGUUCAAGUUGAGCGAGAGGAAGAGGAACAAGAUAUACGAUUUCUUGUUCCUUCAAACGCGUCCGAGAAGGGACACUGAUGCCGAGUACAUCCGCCGGAAGGACCACAUGUUGGCACUGCUCGACAACUACCACUUCGCUUCCCGCAUGAACGCGAAGACGUUUAUCGACAGGCUGCGGUCGCUGUACUUCGUGGAGUCCGAGGAGCAGUUGAAGUUAGCCAGUUACGCUUCCCUGAUCUCCACUGAUGACGAGGAAGCCAUAGGUGUGGAGUUUGUUGCCAACACGAAGGAGGAGGAGAGCGACACGGAGAGCAUCGACCUACAGUACGACCCGCCUCCGACGGACCACGGCCGGGGGUCCUCGUCGGCCGGUCCAUCACCAAGCGUUGCAGCCCUCGUGUCACCAUUGGCCAAACCGGCGCCGGGCACCACGCCGAUGAAGUUGCUGGAGAGACUUAGAGCUCUGGCCGGCCCCCCGGCCGCUUUGCGUCCCGAGUCCGUUGUCCCGCCCGAUCAUCCGUCUUGGAAGGAUGACAACAUCCACUUCCUGCUUGAACGGCAACGUCAUUCACCUGAGCAGGACUGGGGCCAUGACAUGGUUUGGCAUCGGGGAGUCAUCCAGCCAGCGAUACGAAAUGGCGAGUGGGUCAUGGCCGUGGCAAUCCCGGGCGCGGGAUGGGUGUCAUUCCCACGCGAGUCGAAGUCCAACUUCCUGCACCUUGCGAGGAUUUCGGUCCUCCAGAAAGUGAAGGUCGAAAAUGACACUUUAGCACCCGGCGACCUGUCCCUCAUUUCCACUGUCGGUCGACCGUUUGACGAGCUUCCUGACAAGUGCUGGUUGGAAUUGACGGAGGACUACUACGAGCUCGACACGAGUCCGUCGAAGGGCAUGGUGGACUGGAAAGUGCCCCCUCCCAGUGGGCCGGAUGGUGGUUCCGGGGGGGGGUCACCUGGAAGCGGAGGGGAUGGGGGUGGCGACGCAGGGGGUGGCAAAGGAAUCCCGCCUAUGGGGGAGAGAGGGUCUCACGGCCGCAACACGACACCGGGAGGCAGCGCCGGGGUGGCGGGUUUCGCCCCUUGGUUGCUCUGGGCAUUCGCUCGGCCGGAAAGCCGAAGUCCGCCGGGAUCCGAACUACGUCGGGUGAGGAGCCGCCAGAGCGGUCCGGAAUGCGAAGCUGCUCGGGGUCGGGGGAUCCAAGCACGGAUCGAGAAAUUCGUAGCAUUGCGGCGCGGGAUGGAGACGUCGGAACGGUGUCGCCUGAGCGGGAGCGACGACCGCAAGGAUUGCAGCGGGAGGCUGCAAGUGCAGGGUCCGGCGACACGGAGACAACGAAGUCCGGGGUUUUGCCGGCCAGGGAUUGUCGUGCCGUUGAGAGGGGCAGCGUGCACGGGGACGGAAGGGCGGUCCUCGCGAUUCGGCACGGGUACCGCAGAAGGGGACGAGUUUCGUGGGAGGGAAGUAGGGGAGGAAACGGAGGAACAGAAGGGAGCGCAAGAAGGGGAGGAAGAAGGAGAAGAAGAGGUGGAAGGGGAGGAAGCGGGAGAAACGAAGCUAAUUGAUUUGUUUGAAGGAAGGGAGAGUGUCGGGUCUGGAGAAGACGAAGUGGAACAAAGUGAGAACGAUGCCGGAUCUGGAGAGUCGUCUUACGAGUUCGGACAACUGUACGGAGAGCAUCACGAGGAUGAUGUCGACGACGAUGCCACGACAAUAGAGAUGGAGACACAAGUGGUUAGCAGUCUUUCCGCAGAGCCUGAAGAUUAUGCGGUCCGGCCACUGACGUCUGCUGUCGACUUGCAGCACCAGUUCGACGAGGCUUCCGUCGCUAUCAGCCCGUCUGAAAAAAGUCGACGUAUAAGCAUCGACGAAGUUAUCGACGGUAUCCUCGGCGACCACAACGUGUCUUCCCGUCCGUCCACAACUGCCAACGUCGCAUCUUCCGUGGCAGCUGCCCUCACUUCGUCGCCGCUGAAGUCUCUGGUGCUGCAGGCCACCCUUGCCGCCGAAGGGGAAGGCGAUUCAAGAGCAGUACUUGCUUUGUUGUUUACGUUUGACCUUCGCUUCUUCAUCCAAGAUACUUUUUGAAGGCGCUUUAUAUCCAUUGGCCACCAUGCAACACAUUCAUGUCGAACCAAUGAACCGUGCGUGCUCUG